AUGAGCACAUUGUCCUUGCUGGUCGAAGCUUCUUCGUGCUCUUGGGGGAAAUUGGCUUGUCAGCAUGGUGAUCGAACGAUUGGUAUUAUUCUUCGAGCAAUUGUAUCCUUCUGCAACGCUCAUCUCGGCCAGUCUGCAUCCAACCAGCUUCUUGUUUUCGCAUUCGGUCGAAAUGUGGAGAAAAAGCUGAUAUAUUCAUCUGCUCGAUCUGAAGACCGAAAUGUAUCAUCCGUCGUUGUGGAUCAUUUGCGAGAUCUACUACAAAGUGAUUCAGGAAAUUCGGAUGCAACCAUGGGUGCUCCAAUCGGACCGGCUCUAGCUCAUGCCUUUUGUCAUAUGAAAAAAGACAGCCAACUGGCGACUGCGGAUAUAUGCGACGACUCUCUCGGUCCUGCUGCUUCCAACACCGAAAAGUCAGACUCGUCGACGGAAAAGGUGUCAACUAGAGCGGUUGUGAUUUCAAUGACACCGAUUAUAGGCAGUGAACACGGAUCUCUCAUGAAUCUCUUCUUCUCCGCUGCAAAACAAUCUAUUUGCGUGGAUGUUGUUUCUAUGAGUGAUGAUUUGACCGGUGGAAUCCUUCAACAAGCCGCUGAUAUUACUGGAGGAUCAUUUGUACAUGCGGAGAAACCUCAAGCCCUUCUCAAAAUUUUGAUGACUAACAUGCUCACUGAUGCUUCUUAUCGAAAUACAUUCUCAAAGCUUUCCUAUUGCUCAGUCGACUACCGAGCUUCUUGUGCUUGCCAUCACACCCUCGUUUCUUCUGGUUGGGUGUGCUCAAUUUGCCUCUCUGUGCUUUGUCAGUACACUCCUAUCUGCAAAGUGUGCAAAGCUGCUUUCACCAUCACGAAUCUCCCUAAAAAGCCAAGCCGAAAGCGUACUUUGAGAUCCUAA